UUUAAUACAUGUAAUAUAGCAAAGUAUUUUUCCCACAAUAAGUAAAAAAUAAGUGCAAACUGUUGACAUAUUAAAUAAUAUAAUGCCAAUUGAUCUGUAUUAUUUUCGCUUUAGUGGCCCCUCCCGGGCCAUAUUAAUGACUGUCCGCCAACUGAAUCUCAAUGUAAACCUCAAACACGUAGACCUAACGGAAGGGGAGCAAAAUAAACCGGAAUUUUUAAAAAUUAACCCAGGUCAUGAGGUACCCGUGAUCAUCGACAACGGAUUCACUUUAUGCGAAAGUCGUGCAAUCAUGCAAUACCUGUGCAACGCGUACGCGUCCGACAGCGCCCUAUACCCCACGGAACCUAAGGCGCGGGCACUCGUAGACCGGUGGCUAUACUUUGAUAACAUGUUGUACACUGGUAUCAAUAGUCUCUUGAGAACAAAAUCCAUUUAUGGACUCCAAGUGCCCGAAGAGACUCAUAAUAAUUAUAAGAAAAACCUAAAACUUAUUGACCAAUUAAUCGGCGAUAAGCCGUACCUAACGGGGAAUGGCCUAACACUGGCAGACCUAACCCUUUUGGCCACCACUGCCAACAUUGAAUGGUACGAAGACUUUGAUUUUAAUGAGUAUCCAAAUUAUAGGGACUGGAGUUCCCGACUCAAGUCAGCGCUACCCUAUUAUGAAGAGAUUAAUGGUAUUACAAAAGAGGACAGGGAU